CACGCACUCGUCAUUGUACCUCACUCUUUUUUAAUGAUUAAAUCAAAUGUACAACAACUAAGGACACUCCAAAAAGAAGCCACUGAAGCAGAGGCAUGUGCAGGAAAUAGAAACCCAAUAUCCAUCAUUUUUUCUUGCUGGGUAUAUCUCAUAUCUAACUCCCUUUUAAAGAACAAAAAAGAAUCCAGUGUGCAGAAGACGCAUUGCCUUGGGCUUCGGCUUCGGCUUCACAGUUUUAUAUUAUUAUCUGCGUCUCUCUUAGUAAUUUGCGUAGCAGGGCCAGGCAGCAGCAAUGGAGCUGUUCUACUUCGUCGUGUUCGGGGCAUUGGGAGCGGUGGUGGCCGCAUUAGAGCUAAGCAAGACCAGCAAGGACCGAAUCAACACGUCCCCUGCUUUCAAUUCCUUCAAGAACAAUUACCUUCUUGUCUACUCUCUCAUGAUGGCUGGAGACUGGCUUCAGGGUCCAUAUGUUUACUAUCUGUACAGUACAUAUGGAUUUGGAAAAGGGGAGAUCGGACAGCUUUUUAUUGCUGGUUUUGGCUCUUCCAUGUUGUUUGGGACAAUUGUUGGAUCUCUAGCUGACAAACAGGGCAGGAGGAGGGCAUGCGUUACAUACUGCAUAACUUACAUACUUAGCUGCAUCACCAAGCAUUCUCCUGAAUACAAAGUUUUGAUGAUAGGUCGUGUUUUGGGAGGUAUUGCUACCUCUCUUCUGUUUUCAGCAUUUGAGUCAUGGCUUGUUGCUGAACAUAAUAAGAGGGGCUUUGAGCAACAAUGGUUGUCAUUAACAUUUUCGAAGGCAAUAUUUCUUGGCAAUGGUCUUAUUGCCAUUUUGUCUGGGUUGUUUGGGAACCUACUUGUUGAUUCAUUGUCCCUUGGACCGGUGGCUCCUUUUGAUGCUGCUGCAUGCUUUCUUGCCAUUGGGAUGGCUAUUAUUUUAUCAUCAUGGACAGAAAAUUAUGGAGAUGCCUCAGAAAAUAAGGACCUGCUUACCCAGUUUAGGGGUGCUGCUGUAGCAAUAACUUCUGAUGAAAAAAUUGCUUUGCUGGGUGCCAUCCAGUCUCUGUUUGAAGGCUCAAUGUACACCUUUGUGUUCCUUUGGACUCCUGCUUUGAGCCCCAAUGAUGAGGAGAUCCCUCAUGGGUUUAUCUUUGCCACGUUCAUGUUGGCUUCAAUGCUGGGAAGCUCCCUUGCCUCUCGAUUGAUGGCUCGCUCAUCACCCAGGGUAGAAAGCUACAUGCAGAUUGUUUUUGUGAUUUCCUCUGUCUCUCUCGUGCUUCCCAUUAUAACCAAUUUCUUGGUCGCACCUUCUAAAGUGAUAGGCGGAAGAAUCUCAUUUGCAGGUUGUCUCCAGCUUCUUGGUUUCUGUACGUUUGAGGCUUGUGUGGGGAUAUUCUGGCCAUCCAUCAUGAAAAUGAGAUCCCAGUACAUCCCGGAGGAGGCCAGGAGCACAAUUAUGAACUUCUUCCGCAUUCCUCUCAAUAUCUUUGUCUGCAUUGUGCUGUACAAUGUUAAUGCAUUUCCCAUCACUGUCAUGUUUGCUAUGUGCUCGAUUUUCCUCUUUGUGGCAUCUAUCCUGCAAAGACGGCUGAUGGCAAUAUCUGACAAGCCAAAGAUGGAAAGCUGGACAGCAAUGACGGAAAGGGAUCCUGAGGCAGAGCCACUAAAUGAUUGAGUGAUGUUGUGCCUACAGGCCAGCAAGGGAUUCUUGGCAGGUUGACAACAACGACGUAAUUGGUUCCUUUAUACAGUUGCUGUUCCUACUAUGGAUGGAGGUUUGUACUUUUGAUUUAUAAUAGAGAUUUACAAUGUAUAAGAAAAUAGUGGUCUGAGAAUGUGGGGGUUAUAUGGAAAGUUUUCGUGAUUGUUUUGAGCUGUCUUUAGAUCAGCAACCGGUAGACGGGAGUCGAUGGUUUUCAUCUGUUAAAAAUAGGAAAGCAAAAAUAAAUACCCAUUUUGAUAUUAUUCUUUUCUAAACUGAUUUAUAUGUAAUUUGCAUUACAUUUUCCUCGA